AUUGGGCUGGUCUCUGCUGCAGCUUUCUCUACCUUGACAACUUCACUGUAAAAAAGAUGGCUUCUACUGGUCUCCAGAUCCUUGGCAUGGCUCUUGCUCUCAUUGGCUGGGUGGGAUGUAUAAUAACCUGUGCCUUGCCCAUGUGGAGGGUGACUGCCUUCAUUGGGAACAACAUAGUCGUGGCACAAACCAUCUGGGAAGGACUGUGGAUGAAUUGUAUUGUGCAGAGUACCGGACAGAUGCAGUGCAAGGUCUACGACUCCAUGUUGGCUCUGUCCCAGGACUUGCAGGCUGCCCGUGCCCUUACUGUCAUCUGUAUUCUGGUAGCCCUGCUAGCCAUGCUCAUUGGUGUUGUGGGAGCCAAGUGCACCAACUGCAUAGAAGACAAGAAUGCCAAGGCAAAAGUCAGCAUGGUAUCCGGCAUUGUCUUCCUGGUGGCCGGUAUCCUCCUGCUCAUCCCUGUCUGCUGGUCUGCAAACAGCAUCAUCCGUGACUUCUACAAUCCGCUGGUGGUGGAGGCUCAGAAGAGAGAACUUGGAGCUGCUUUGUAUAUUGGGUGGGCUUCUGCUGCUCUCAUGCUCCUGGGUGGAGGCCUUCUGUGCUGCUCUUGCCCCAAGAGGGAAGAUAAUCAUUACUCUGCCCAAUACACUGCUGCCUCCCAGCCACGAAGUGACUACCCCAGCAAGAACUAUGUCUGAGGGCACAACUAGUAAUGUGUGGACAUUUUCUCUCCUAUUAAUGUGGGGAGUUCUCCAGCAAGGGCACUUGAAUUGAAGGGAGUGUUGGCUUCUGGAGACUUGUCUGUCUUGUGACUUUUUUUUUUUUUCUUUUUUUUUUAUAUAGCCUGACUUUGGCCUUUUUAUACAAUGUUAAUGGUUUAAUAAAAUGGAUGUUUGUUUUGUA